AUGAAGUUCAGCAUUGCUGCAGUCGCCCUCCUCGUGGGCAACGGCUUCGCCCUCACCCAAGAGGGCCAGGCCGUCGCCGACAAGCAGGCCGUUGGCGUCCAGGAGACGCCAGAGAUGAACGAAGCCCACGAUAUCCAGGCGGGUGGCUAUGGUUACGGGAACGACCAAGGCCAAGGGGACAACCACGGUGGAGCCGGCAACCACGGCGGAGACGGCAACAACGGCGGAGACGGCAACAACGGCGGAGACGGCAACAACGGCCACGGUGGCAACCACGGCCACGGCGGCGACCACGGCGGAGUCGGCAACUACGGCGGAGCCGGCAACCACGGCCACGGCGGCAACCACGGCGGAGACGGCAACAACGGCCACGGUGGCAACCACGGCCACGGCGGCAACCACGGCGGAGACGGCAACAACGGCCACGGUGGCAACCACGGCCACGGCGGCAACCACGGCCAUGGCGGCAACCACGGCGGAGACGGCAACAACGGCCACGGUGGCAACCACGGCGGAGACGGCAACCACGGCGGAGUCGGCAACAACGGCCACGGUGGCAACCACGGCCACGGGGGCAACCACGGCGACUUCGGCUUCCAGCACGGCCCCACGGGCUGCAAGGAUGACGUCCGCCGUAUCAAGGCCACCCUCAAGGCCCUCAUCCGGCAGGUCGAUAGGCUCCAGUGCGAGAGCUGCCACAGGCCCACGCCCAUCAAGCCGACGCACUACCCGACACCGACGAGGAAGCCUUGUGCUACUCCCACUUGCGGCAAGCCCGGUGUGAAGUUCAACCGCUAUUCGAACCCCUUCAUCAAGGACUUCAGCAGCAGCUACAAGUCGUUUGACCUCAGAUACUUCCUGAAACAGAAGCCUCUUGAGUCCGGCGUCGUCACCGACAUUGCGCUCAUCUCGGACGCCAGAAACAAGACCUACGCAAACGCCGCCAUGGAGUACCGGACGUUCCUCUUCGCCUGCCAGAGUGGCAAGUACAAGUUCUAUUCGCCUAAGUCUGACGAUGUCACCCUCAUGUGGUUUGGUGAUAAACAUGUUAAGUAUCCGACCCGCGAGAACGCCGAUAUUGUUCAGUUCUGGUAUGGCGAGAACAAGCCGCAGACCAUCUACAAGGAUAUCAAGGCCGGUGUCUACUAUCCCAUCCGCAUUCUCUGGGGCAACACCAACGGCGCCGGCUACCUGAACCUCGACAUCUAUGCUCCCGACGGCAAGAAGCUGACCGGCAGCAACGAGGGCAGCUACGUCGUCACGGAGAACUGCGAAGCCAGCAACCCGUACGGCGACAAGGCCAAGACUGCUGAUCACCACAAGCACAAGCACACCAACACCCACCCUCAUCCUCACCCUCACCCUCACCCUCACCCUCACCCUCACCCUCACCCUCACCCUCACCCCCACCCUCACCCUCAACCCCACCCUCAACCCCACCCUCACCCUCACCCUCACCCUCCCCCCAAGUACACCAAGCCCCAACCCCCGAUUGGCGGCUAUUAG